AUGUCCGAUUUCUCACAUUACGGCGGCCCCAGCGAGGAGUGGUUGGCGGUGGAGGCCGAUUUGCCCUCUCUGCCGACUGGCCUAUCUAUAUCCGAGCGCAAGAGUGUUACGAACAAACUCCGCGAAGAGCUAUCCGCGAAAGCCAUGAAAUCCAUCGGGGAUCAACUUCGCAUCCGCGAUUGGACGUUGCCCACUCGCGAUGGUGCAACGAUCGUGGCUCGAAGCUACCGAGCCAGAGCUACGGGCGAAGAGCCUCUGCCUGUUUACCUAUACUUCCAUGGUGGUGGGUUUCUCUUCGGUACACUCGCUUCGGAAGACGCAACAUGUGCUCGCACCGCUCUCAGCAAUAAUGUUGUCGUUCUGAGCGUAAAUUACCGGCACACACCUGAGUUUGUUUACCCCACAGCUUGGGAUGAUGCUGAGGACGCUUUCAUCUGGCUACAUGCAAAUAUCAAGGAGAUUGGUGGCAAAGCAGACAAGGUCAUUGUCGGCGGCCCCUCUGCUGGCGGACAACUCGCAGCCUCUCUCACGCUUGCUCAACACUUAGGCAAGUUUGCCAAAGAUUUGCCUCCGAUUGCGGGUCAGAUUCUGUUAAUUCCUUGCUUGGCACAUGUCGACUGCUACGAGCCCCAAUCGAAGAAACUGAAAGACCCCUCCAAAUCGUCACUCAUCGAGAACGAAAACGCCCCACUCCUACCAAAGACCAUGAUAGAUCUGUUUACUGGUCUCCUCAAAAUCACCAACCCGGAUGUUAAUGAUCUGAGAUUGAAUCCUGGUAAUGCAACCCCCGAUCAAGUGAAGGGUCUCCCUCCGUCAGUAUUUGGAAUCUGCGGUUUAGAUCCGUUUAGAGAUGAGGCCUUGUUAUACGCCAAGAUGCUUGCAGAAGCUGGUGUUCCGACCGACGUCCACAUUUUCAAGGGUGUUCCUCAUGGCUUCCGGAGAUUUGGCGACAAGCUUUCAGAGUCACAACAUUGGGACGACACUAUUGAUGGCGGAAUUACCUGGGCUCUGACAAAGCCAGCUGCAACAGGCGAGUUUGUUAUUCGUGAGCUUUAG